CUCUUGCUUCUUCUCUUUCACCUAAUUUAAUGUUUAUGCUUUUUGCAAAAUUAUUGUUAGGAUUAGCUGUUGGUUGUGCCUCUGCAGUUGUUCCUAUUUUACUUGCAGAAUUGGCUCCAUCUGAGAAAAGAGGGCAAAUGGUUACUCGUAAUGAAUUGAUGAUUGUUCUAGGGCAAUUUGUUGCCUUCCUUAGUAAUGCUAUACUUGGAACUAUUUGGGCAGAUGAUCCACAAAUAUGGCGCUGGAUGCUUGUACUAGGAGUUAUACCAGCUUUAGGAUUGAUGUUUGGGACGUGGCUAGUAGUUCCAGAAAGCCCCCGUUGGCUUAUAUCAACCUCAAAAACAAAACAAGCAUUAGAAGUGCUUAAACAAAUUAGAGAGGGUGAAAUACAGGCAAUUAAUGAAUUGGAAGAGGUUGAGAAAUUAGUGGAGUAUGAUAAGAAAAUAAAUGAAGAAAAGAUGGACAUUCUAACAAUGCUUUUGAGUGAAAGAUGGAUAUAUCGCUGUUUGUUAGUUGGAAUUGGGAUUGCUUUGUGUAAUCAAGUGACUGGUGUCAAUUCAAUAAUGUUUUAUGGAACAGAAAUUCUUAGAGAAACAGGCUUUUCAAAUCAAAUUGCUUUAAUGGCUAAUAUUGCUAAUGGGGUAAAGCAAGCUUUUUUUCUCAACUUAGACCUUCCCCGAUGUUUCCUUCGGGCAAUAUAA